AUAAUAAUGGAUAAAAGGAGUUGAAAAUCCACGCACCAAACCCAGAAGAAUCAGAAGAUACUUCUUUCAAUCAGACCCCUUUAUCCUUCUCGGAAAUUCUCCUCUUGAAUGGGUUAUCUUCCAGAACCCCUUCCUUGAAGUGAAGCCAUAGCAAAGAGAGAACCUCGAAGAACCAUGGCAAUGGCAGUGGAAGUGGCCAUGUGGAUUGCGAAGAUGGUGUGGAUAGCUCUAAGCGGCUGGAUUUCUUCGUGUUUGACUGUUGCUGAUGAGGUUGCUUCAUCUCUUCGCUCUGGUGAUAUUGGUCCCUUCCAUGUCGGUUGAUCCAAGUUGCAGUCUUUCCAGAAAGCUUUUUAA